ACCAGAGGCAACGAACCUGGUGACAGAGAUUCGCAGAUUUGCAGAAUCUGUGAUUCUUUUACAUUCCACAUCGGAUUUGGUGAAUUGUCUGCUAAAUGGCACACUGAAUGGAAGCCAGCUUGUUGUACCCAAAGAUCAACAACUGAAUUCAUUGGAGAUGGCUUUGCAUGCGCAAAAUCAAUCGUCAGAAUUGCUUCUUCAGCAUAUGGUUCAUGGAGAGCUCCACAUUGUUUUUCAUCAUUCACAGUACUUUGCAUGGACUCAUUGUAGCAGUUCUGGCGCCCGAAACUUGUCAGGAGGUGGCUUUGGUCAAGGCCCUAGCAGGUUGCCAAAUGUGACUCUUGUGGCAUGUAUUCCAACCAGCUCUUUGCCAACUGUCGUGGAUGGGGUCUAUGGCACCAGCAGCAUCUUUGCCUGGACUGCUCCACAAGGUGCGGGCCGGAUGACUUACAUGGGAGCUGACUAUUUUGAGGUGUUACCGGAAUGGCCACAGUUACUGGAAAGUUCUCUAGCUUCAAGGUGUUUGGAAGGAAACGCAACCACUGGCACCAGAACCACAACGGUGACAACCACCACGCCGACAACAUCACGUCCGAACAUGGUCCACACCGGCUGUCCAGUUUACAUGCUGAACGACCCAUGGAUUGUUGAUGCCAGCCAAGAGGGAACCAACCUUUUGACAGAAAUCCGCAGAUUUGCAGAUUCUGUCAUUGUGCUGGAUUCAACCUCAGAUUUGGUUGCAUUGCUGGGGAAUGGCACACUGGCGGGCGGUCAGCUGGUUGUUCCUGAGCAAGAAUGGGGGUCCUUGUCAAGUGCUUUGGGCAGUCAAUCUAGGUCACUUUUGGCGCAACACAUCGAAGCCGGACUUCAUCUUGUUGUGCAUUCAUCAGUUGAGCUGAUCAUGCAAAUUACUGGAUGGUCUCUGUGGACAACUUCUUGUAGUGCUGGUAGUUCUGCUCCUCAAGACUUACGGGGAGGUGGAUUUGGUCAAGGACCCGGUAGCUUGCCAAGUGCGAAUCUCGUCGCUUGUGUUCCAAGAAGCUCUUCACCCAGCUCAAUGGAUGGGGCCUAUGGGACCAUGCACAUGCUGUAUGCUUGGACUGCUCCAUAUGGUAGUGGUCGUAUCACAUACAUGGGAGCUGACUAUUUUGAAGUGCGGCCCGAAUGGCCAGAGCUACUAGAAAGUUCUCUUGGUGCAAGAUGCUAUUCGGGAAACACGACGACCGUCACCAGAACCACCGUAGUCACAACCACGCUGACGACGGCCACGGUCACAGUGACACCUCUUAUUGUGGAGUGCGGUAGUGUCCUUUAUGGAUCAAACGUUGGACAACCGAAUACAAUUGGUAGCGCGGCCGGUGAUGUGUGGCAUAUGUUCUGUCCAACAGCAGCCGGAACUGUGGAGAUCAGUACAUGCGGCUCGGACUACGACACAUUUCUGUACAUCCAGGGAUCAAACAUUGAUUACUCCUGUGAUGAUUGUGGCUCCUGUGGAAGUCGGACAGAGACCACCGUCACCAAUUUCUUGCCAGGUGAGUGCUACAACAUCAUCGUUGGUGGUUUUUCGUCGCGAGAAGGUAUGUAUGUCUUGUCAAUCAGUUGCGAAGCUCUUACCACCACGCCCCCCCCUGUGAUCACCACCACGCCCCCCCCUGUGAUCACCAUCACCUGUCCGAUUUAUUUCUUGAAUGAUCCCGAGAUUUUCGAUGAGCCGGUGGAGGUCGCCAAUCUUUUGGCGGCGAUUUGCAGAUUUGCAGAUCCCGUGAUUCUUCUGAAUUCCACAACGGAUUUGGUGAAUUCUGUGGCGAAUGGGACAUUGGGAAAACAACUCAUCAUCCCUUGGCCAUUUUAUCUUUAUCAAAAUUGGCAGAGUCGUUUGGACUAUGAACACAGGUUGCUCUUUAUUCAAAAAAUUGAGGAAGGACUUCAUCUUGUGGUGCAUGCCGCGCUUGACCUCAUUAACCUACUUAGUGGCUGGCAGACCGCCUGGUCUUAUGGGUGUAGGUUCGGAGAAUCUGCUUCUCAAGAUUUGUGGGGAGGCGGCUUUGGUCAAGGACCCAGUGAAUUGCCAUAUCAAAUCAGGUUGGGAUGCAUUGAAAUAGAGUCUUUACCAAGCUCGGUGGAUGGCCGGUAUAGCACAGACGAGGGUGUCUAUGCUUGGACUGCUCCAUAUGGAAGCGGUCGCAUCACUUACUAUGCCAGUACCUUUCUUGACGUGCAUCCAGAAUGGCGGGAAAUACUAGAAAGCUCUCUUGGUGCGAGAUGCGAUUCGGGAAACACGACGACCGUCACCAGAACCACGAGCGUCACAACCACACUAACCGCGACAACUGCAACAGGUAUGCCUGUGCAAUGUGGAAGCAUUGUGCGUGCAUCCACGGUUGGAAGGGGCUUUGCUCGUCACACAUUUUGCACUGAGAAUGUGAGUAGCGGAACGGUUCUGGUAAGUACCUGUGGCUCCUCCUUCGACACCAUGCUCUCGGUGCAAGGCCCGAACGUGCGGCGCUCCUGUGACGACUGCGGUCCGUGUGGCAUACAGACCGAGCUGAAGAUUUACAACUUUCUGCCUGGUUCUUGUUGCUGGGAGCUGAUGUCAUUAUCACCGUAG